AUGCUCACAAAAGUCACAUUGCGGCAGGAAAUGUCUGAAAAUAGGCCCCAUUCACCCCCGCCUGCUCCCCCGCUUCCACCCACACUCCACGAUAAGAGGACAAAGACCUCUUCGUUUGCACUGAAAGUGAGACAUGCGCCAGAAGAUUGGUUCUAUCGACCUCCCGAGCCGCCCGCACAUGUCGAUCUCUUUGAGCCACCAACAGGACCCUACUUCGUGUAUGGGACAUUGAUGGACCCACAAAUGCUGGCUGAUGUCCUGGGAUUGGACCAAGUGCCUGAGCUGCGCCCGGCCAAGGUGGUAGGCUACUCUUGUAAGCUUUGGGGGCAGUAUCCUGCUCUGCAAAACGGUCCGCAGGAUGCACAAGUCAGUGGUGCUGUCUACCAUGUGCAGUCGGUUGCCCAUGGGAAGAGGUUGGCGGAAUACGAGACAACCAGCUACAGAGUUCAGCCAUGCCUCGUUAAGUAUAUAGAUGGAAAGGAACCUGCCAAGAAUGAUGGCUAUGUUUUCAUGUUUGUCGGUAACCCACGAGAUUUAGAAGAGGGAGAUUUUCAUCUAGCAAAAUGGCGUGAACGCGUCGGCCGGGAAUGA